UUGUUAUUUUUUGCUGUUCGUUGUCGUCCUUUACCAUUAUCUUCAUCAAAUCGAAUUCUUCUUAUUAUUGCUCAUCCAGAUGAUGAAACUAUGUUUUUUUCGCCAACAAUUCGAGCAUUGGUCAAUGCAGGUCAUCGAAUUUUUGUUCUUUGUAUAUCGAAUGGAAAUUUUUAUGGAAAAGUUGGUUUUUAAUAAUUAAUUUAAUUAUCAGUAUUUUCAAAACUGUUAUUUUUAGGGUAAAAUUCGAUCUCGUGAAUUGUUUUUGGCUGCAAAAUAUCUGGGAAUUUCAUCAUCUGAUGUGACAUGUUUAGAUUAUGAUGAAUUUGAAGAUGGUGAUAAAUGGAAUCGAAAAAAUCUAAGUUAUAUAAUAUUGCGACAUAUCGAGGUUUUAUCAGCUGAUGUUGUUAUUUCAUUUGAUAAUUAUGGUAUAUCUGGUCAUCACAAUCAUAUUUCAUGUUUCGAUGCACUUCAAACCGUAUAUUCAAUUGGCGCUGUUCCAAGUGAUGUUCAAAUCUUCGUGCUUGAUUCAAUUCCUCUUUUUCGCAAAUAUAUUGGUAUUUUCGAUGCUCUUUUUUCAUUUGGUCGUUCGCCAUUUUUUUAUAUGGCAAGAUUUCGAGAUGUUGCUGCAUGUUGGCGAGCAAUGUUUGCACACAGAUCACAACUUGUUUGGUUUCGAUUUCUUUUUAUUUUUUUCAGCAGGUUUGUUUAUUAAUUUUCAAAAUAACAUACAAAAUUUUUUUUAUUUAUUUCAGAUAUGUGUAUAUGAAUAGUCUUCGAAGAAUAUCUCCAUUACCAUUAACACCCAGGAAUAGCAUAGUCAAGAAGUUUAAGUUUCAAUAG